CACAACACACGGCCUUCUUCCCCUUUGAAGCUUGCGCAUCGUUUUCGUGACGCCAGUUAACCUGUCUAUAAAUUACUUAAAUGUAAAUAACAAAAUAAUGAAUAAAAAAAAGUCAGUCACAAAAUUACAUUUUGGGCGGACGGCUCCCCUAGUGGUCGCCUGGAACUAAAACAACAACGGGAGCCAGCUCCACCACGCAGCUCCAACUGGAGGGUUACACCAGAUUCCCAACUGGAGGGAUGUGACCCCGGAACAGGACGCCUUCGUAAAACAACACACCAUUACAAUAAAACACAGAAGAAAGGAAAACUGGACCAGGAGGGAGCUACAGGAGCAGGGGGGAUGAACCGUGAGGAGGCCCCAGGGAAGUCUCCUGAAGAGAUGUACGUCCAGCAAAAGGUGCGGGUCCUGCUCAUGCUGAAGAAGAUGGGAUCAAAUCUGACGCCGAGUGAGGAGGCGUUUCUACGGAAUUACGCAGGCGUGGUCAACGCUCAGAUGAGCCAGCUACCACAGCACAACAUAGACCAGGGUGCGGAGGAUGUGGUGAUGGCUUUUUCACGACAAGAAACCGAAGACCGGCGGCAGUGACCCUGGGGCACUCCCCCAUCGUCUACGGCAACCCAAACUCCACCGACCGACACAACACUGUUGAGUUUCUGGGGAGAGGAUGGGCACCUGUGAUGGAUGGAAGGAGGGUGGGAAGGAGCACUGGGUGUUGGUUACCUUUCGCUCUAUCCCUCCCUUUCAACCAGCCUCCUUCCCAUUCAAACGGAUACACCAUUGCCCCAGCCACAGUAGGUAUGCAUUACCAUGGGUUAGGGCCUUGGUGUCGAGCAAGUCGAUGAAAACACUUACAAGUUGUGUGAAUGCAAACCUUGUCUUUUUGUCUCGUUUUAUUUUUAAUUUUUUUAUCGGGCAGUGUUGUUUUCGUAUCUGCUCUACUCAAUGGUAGAACUGACCAAGGACAUAAUUUUUCCGUCAAAUGAAAGAGAGAAGCGUGAGUGUUUUAACUAAUGACCUUGCGGGAAAAUAAUUCAUUACUUUCUUUGGUUGAAUUAUAUAUAUUUUUUAACUGUACACAGGGUCCCUGUAGGUGGAAAGGUUAAAAACGUGUUUAAUGGUUUUCAUAUUCUUUCAAACCAAUUGUACUUCUUCCUGCUUAUUGUUGAUUUGAACAAUAGGCUGUUGAGAUGUCAACUUGGCUUCCCUUUCGGGACAUUAGAAUCAAUGACACUAGCACAAACACACACAGUUCACAUAGGUGCAAAUGGCCUUUCCCCAAGCAAACAAGGUCUUGGGGUUAUUGUGAAAUUAUCUAACUUUUUUUAUUGUACAGAUAUUAGAGGGAAAAUACAAUAAUAAUGAAUUGAUUGUGCCAAUUAUUAUUUUAUUUUUUUUAUCUGUAAAAUAAAUGUAACAUGAUUUUUAAAAGUUGCCUGACGAGGGACAUAGCGUAGUUCUAAUUUAUUAUUGAUAGAAUUGACUCUCUCCCAAACUAUUGUUUAGGAAAAAAAAUCAUCAUUAGAAGAAAGUCUACACGGAUUGAAACGCCUAAUCUUAUCAACAGAAUCCAAUAGCAUAAUAUUGUCACUCUUUAGAUUGGACAAAGCUUACUCUUGACUCACACUAAUAUAAUUAUAUCAACUCGAACCACAUCCAUGGAGCUACUAGAAACAUGGUGAAUACUCACAAAAGAAACGACAGUGUUUUUACUGCCUCCUCCUACCCUUCAGCAAUUGACGUGCUGUAAACAAAACCGAUCCGUUUUCUGUGUUCGUUGAUUGCAACUGGAAUCUUUCCAUUCAAUUGAAUAUUUGUAUUUUUUUUUUCAAUCCGACUGUUUUUUUUUUUGUUGUAGUAAGAUACUCUAUAUUUAAUGUGUGUAAGUACCUUUUUGUUAACUCGCUUAACUUAAACAAUUGUGACUUGAUGUUUUGAAACCAAGCAUGCCUGCCUUGUGGUUAACAGUGUACAUUUUAAGUAGAUCUGGGAGGGUCUUGAAAGCCGUGCCACAAUGACCAUUGCUUGUACAUUCUCAGUUUAUGGACGCUACUAGCUCUUUAAAAAACAUUUCAGAAAAAUAGUCAGCUAUUUAAAAAAACAAAAAAAAUGUCAUCCAUGUUAUCCUGUUGGCAAUAAUUUCAGGAUCAAAUUUCCUCAGCGAUCAUGGCUACAUACAUUGCCAACAAAUAGUUACAGUAUCUGCCUAUGACAAAAGUUUGUCCUUUUUAAUGUUUACUCUUGUUUUAACUUUCUUGAACCUAAUUUCUCUGUGUAUUGUUUUGCUUUCAUCUUAAAGACAACAAUGCAAAGGUAUCUUAUAUACUAUACCUGUCAUAGUUGACCAACAGCCUUCAUUUGUAAUCUUUGUGUGUGAGUGCGUGCAUGUGUGUGAUUUCCUCUGUUCAAAAAUUAUACAAAUCAGAUUUUUCAGCAUGCUGUUCAGUAUGACUAGAGCUGUGUAUCUUUCAAUGUGAUGACCUGUCUUUGCCUAGUUGUCGUUUGAGUUAUUUUGUGUUGCCUUUGUAUUUCUCUGUUGACAUCGAUUAGUUGGUCCUUGCUGUAUGGCUGCUGACUAAAUGCUUCCAAAUCCUAUACCAAUUGAACCAUUAAAGGAAUUUUAAAAAACAAA